AUGCUCGCCUUCAACAUCCUCUUCUGCCUCGACUACCUCGUGCUGUCGAAGGACGUGUCCGGAGUCACGGCGUGCUCUGCCGUGUACUGGGCCGCGCUGCUGGCCAUCUACCCGGCCGUCCUGGUGGCAGUCUGGGUCGCCGUGCGCAUGGCCCCUUCAGAGGAGCUUCGCCGCUGGCACGAUCAGAGAGGCGACGGCCCACUCCCUGGCGAUCCCGAGCUCGGCGGUGCCAGCGUGGUGCUGUUCGCGACGGCCUCCACAGUGAUCGGGCUCGUCGCGGGGCUGCUCGGGCUCGGAGGCGGCGAGUUCAUGGUGCCCUUGCUGCUGGGGUUCGGUGUGUCCCCUCGGGUAGCCGCGGCGACCUCUGGCUUCGUCAUGGUCUUCACGACGUCUUCGAACCUCGUGCACUACCUGGCGGCGGGAACUAUGGAGCCCUUCCUGGACUACGCCACGUCCUGCUUUCUGAUCGCUGGCGCGGGUGCCGCGGUGGGCUUGCUCAGCAGGGACAGGUGCGUGCGACAACGCAGCCAUUUGCUUGUGUUCCUGGUGGCCUUCAUUCUGGCCUUCUCCGGGGUCCUGCUGGCGCUCAGGGCAUUCGUCCUCGACAGUGGCCUGGACUGGAGCUUCGGCAGCUUCUGUCACUGA